AUGACUCUGGCCAAGCAGACACUCAAGGAAAAUCGACCUUCCCGUCAGGCUUGCGAGAUUUCCGCCUCGUUGAAAUUAUCCUUCGACAGAAACGAAAUCUACCACGAGCUUGGGAACAAUGUGUUAAUUACGGUCAAUCCGGGAGGAAUCCAGGCAGGGACUAUCUCUUCUAAGAGUGAGGAGGUUCUGAAAGAAUACAUGGAGAAGUUUCUAGACCGAACGUUGAAGAGUAAUCGAGAUGAUCCCAACCCAUCCUCUUUAGAUAACGACCAAGCUCUCUUGUCGUCAAAGAUGGCCUACACCAUUAUAGCCACGGGAGUUUCCGGCUCGGGAAAGACCACCAUCCUUCAACACGUCCUUCGCCUGAUCCUGGGACGAGAUACCAACUCCAUCACAAGGGUGUUGUCGAUCGUUUAUCCGAUCAUGGCAUGCAGUAGGACAGCAGCAGAAUAUCAUCGGACGAAGGCUGUCGAUGUCAGUGCAGGCCUGCUUGAUCUGAAGUUUCUAGUAACUCAAUUCAAAGUUCAAUGA